GUCCAAUGACUGCAGUUAGGCGGAGGCUCCAAGCUAUGGAGCCUGUACCAGCGUUCCAGAGAAUCACAAGGACCACACUGCACGGCUCAUGCAUUUUUGCAACCGGAGUUAUUUUGAGGAUUUUUUUUUCUCUCUCUCUUCUCUCUUCCCCCUCUCUCUCCCUCCACGACCAAGGCAUGAAACAAAACGAGCGCCAAGCCUUUUAAACAAGGAGAGUGGUAGCGGAGAGAGAAAGUGAGGGGUUGAGAUUUGCUACACCGCUUCUGUCUCACCUACCCCAGGAAGGCGAGCACUUGGGGGGAAAGAAGAGAUGGUCGCGUUGUGUCUGAUUCGCAGCAGCGACACAUCGCACACUUGCAUUGUGCCGGAUACUCCGGCCGAUCGCUGACUAGCGUUGAACCGAUCGCCCAUCGUGUUGCUCCAAUUCCUCCCCAUCAGUAACAGCGGGCACUUGUUAGAACGAUGCAACCGGAUCGUUGAUAAAGAGACAAUCUGGCGGAUCAUAUUCAAUAAGGACUUACCGAUGCACCGAGGAAUUGUAUCGUGGAACUUUUCUGAUAGAUCUCCUUUAUACACACCACAGACAAGGCAAAGGAACUGGAGAAUUAGCCAGAUAUAGCACGUGAUAACAUUGUUGACUUGCAAGUGUUGAGGAACAUUGUAGGUGGGGACCUAUCCUGGACUGAAGCUACAGAUCUCUGUAUAACUCAUCGCCCUGCUGCCUGCAACAUCAUCCUUCACAUCCACCUGCCCCACUCCUCAAACCAUCACGAGAGGUCCAAGGAAUGAUGCCGGAGAGACUGGGAACAAUGCUUGUGGAUAUGCAGGCUCGCUUGGUGCUGGCAUGGAUUAGUGUGCUUCCGCUGAUGCAGCCCAUCCCUCUGGAUGCUCCACAGAGAUUACAGGAAGGGGAUGUGUUAACACUCGAUGGUUUGAACACCGAAACUGGAGCCCUCAACCGUGCCAAGAGAGGCUGGGUCUGGAAUCAAAUGUUUGUGUUGGAAGAAUUUUCAGGACCUGAACCCAUUCUUGUUGGACGGCUACAUACGGAUCUUGACCCAGCGAAUAGGAAUAUAAAGUAUAUCCUGUCGGGAGAGGGAGCGGGGACAAUCUUCAUGAUCAAUGACUUGACGGGAGACAUCCAUGCCAUGAAGAGACUUGACCGGGAGGAGAAAGCUGAGUACACGCUCACUGCACAGGCCCUCGACCGAGAGACAGAUAACCCCCUGGAACCCCCGUCCGAGUUCAUUAUCAAGGUUCAGGAUAUUAAUGACAACGCGCCAGAAUUUUCCGAUGAGCCUUACCACGCCACAGUGCCGGAGAUGUCUCCCGUGGGAACUUCUGUCCUGGGGAUAACAGCUACAGAUGCUGAUGACCCUGUGUAUGGAAACAGCGCAAAACUGGUCUACAGCAUCCUGGAAGGGCAACCGUACUUUUCUAUUGAGCCACACACUGGAAUUAUCAGGACCGCACUUCCGAACAUGGACCGAGAAGCCAGGGAGGAAUAUCUUGUAGUGAUACAAGCAAAGGAUAUGGGAGGCCACAUGGGAGGACUAUCUGGGACUACGACUGUCACCAUCACAUUGACCGAUGUCAAUGACAACCCACCCAAGUUCACCCAGAGUCUUUAUCAUCUGUCUGUGCUUGAGGACAUGCCCGUUGGAGAUAUUGUUGGAAGAGUUAAGGCAAAUGAUCGGGAUACUGGACAGAACGCCAGAUCUUUGUACGAGAUUAUCGAUGGAGAUGGUUUGGACGUGUUUGAAAUCACGACAGACUCCCAGACUCAGGAAGGAAUCAUCGCUCUUAAAAAAGCCCUGAACUUUGAGAUCAAGAAAUCCUACACCUUGAAGGUGGAGGCAGGGAACACGCGCAUUGACCCGCGCUUCAUCAGCAAGGGGCCCUUCAAAGACACGGCCGCCGUGAAGAUCACAGUGGACGAUGCAGAUGAACCUCCAGUAUUCUCCUUGCCCAACUACUUCUUGGAAGUGAGGGAGAACGCGGCCUUCGGAUCACUCAUAGGGGAGGUUCUGGCUCGGGACCCCGAUGUCAGCGAUAGCUCUGUAAGGUAUUCCAUUGAUCGCCACACCGACCUUGAGAGGUUGUUCAACAUUAAUGCUGAUGAGGGAAAGAUUACACUGGCAAAGCCCCUGGACAGAGAAUCUGAUGUCUGGCAUAAUAUCAGCAUUAUCGCCACGGAAACCCGGAACCACAGCCAAAUAUCUCGGGCGCUUGUGGCCAUUAAAGUUCUUGAUGUUAAUGAUAAUGCUCCUGUGCUUUCCUCGCAGUCUGAAGCUUACCUGUGCGAAAAUGGAAAAUCCGGCCAGGUUAUUCAGACGGUCAGUGCUACGGACAGAGAUGACCCGAAGACUGGGCAGUACUUCUUUUACAACCUGGCACCGGAAAUCUCCCGGAACCCCAACUUCACGAUCAAGAAUAACGCAGAUAACUCAGUGAGCAUACUGGCAAGACACAGUGGAUUCAGCCGACAGAAACAGGAUGUGUACUUUCUGCCCCUGAUUGUCUCGGACAGCGGAACUCCACCCAUGAGCAGCACCAACACACUGACCAUCCGGGUCUGUGGCUGCAGUGCGGACGGGAGUGUGCAGUCCUGCAACGUUGAAGCCUUUGUUCUUCCCAUCGGGCUGAGCAUGGGGGCACUCAUCGCCAUCUUGGCCUGCAUCAUCCUCCUCCUGGUUAUUGUGGUUCUCUUUGUAACAUUAAGAAGACACAAAAACGAACCUCUUAUCAUCAAAGACGAUGAAGAUGUGAGGGAGAACAUCAUCCGUUACGAUGAUGAAGGUGGUGGCGAGGAAGACACGGAGGCAUUUGACAUCGCCACCUUGCAGAACCCCGAUGGUUUCAAUGGGUUCCUGCCCCGGAAGGACAUCAAACCAGACCUGCAGUUCGUCCCCAGGCAAGGUCUCCCACCCGUCACCAACGGAGUAGACGUGGAUGAGUUUAUUAACGUGAGGCUUCACGACGCUGACGUCGACCCUACUGCCCCCCCCUAUGAUUCCAUCCAGAUAUACGGCUAUGAAGGGAGAGGGUCGGCUGCUGGUUCUCUGAGCUCGUUAGAAACAACGUCGACAGAUUCAGAGCAGAACUUUGACUACCUCAAGGAGUGGGGGCCACGGUUUAAAAAACUCGAGGAUAUGUAUGCAGUCGGAGAGAAUGACAGAGAAACCUGACUCCAACUUGGAGAGAACAAUUACCCAAUAUUUUAAUGGACACUGGUGUAUAAUUAUAGGGUUGCCAAUUAUUAACAAUGGAUCAGCUGGCUAGUCUUUUAGAUGCAGUCAACGUUAGUUCUUAUCAUCUUUUAAGUCCAGCUCAUUGUAAAAUUGAACCAAAAAAAAAAAUGCAGAUUGUAUGAGUGUUUUACUCUCGUGGAGUGUGGACUAUGUGGAUUGUUUGGCCAGGUGUUGGUUUUCUAAUUAUUGUACAGACUAUUGUUCAACUGGAGGAGACUUUGGGAUCUUACAGUGCUUCCUACAUGGUUCCUUUGACCAUGGCUUUUCUCCAACCAGAGACCGAGAUCUUGCCGACCCAAAGUGAAGCAAUACCAAUGUCUUUGUUGUGGAACUGAUGAACGUAGCCAAAGGAGGUGAAGGGGAAAGCAGGGAGCAGACACGAUGAAGCAUUGAAACCAAUUCCAGCUCCUUCCUCCUGCAGUAAUAUUAGCUGAGGUGUAAUCGAGUGUUUCUCUGUAAGUGAUGAUCACACAAGUAGACAUGGUGUACUCCCUCAGAGUGCCCUUAGGCUUCAUAAUAUCCUCAGUGAUUUGAGUCCAUUCCAGUUGAAAGAGAAGAUCUGAAAGUAGAUGCAGUGACAAUGGGGGAUGUAACGAGCACACAAUUAUAUAAAAUAUAAUAAUCUUUGGGCCAUUUGAUGAAAAUAAAAAACACCAAGUUUAAACAUCAGGAGCUGAGGUUAAUAACUAAUCUAGAUAUAAAUAACAUGUUGUCUACUCCCAGAAAGAAAGUUCAAAAACUAAGGAAACAAGGAAUUGCAGAUGCUAGUUUACAA